GAUCGAUGCCAAGAGGCUCCUCUUUACAGACACUCGCUAUCCUUCACAAAAAACGAUCCUAUUUUAUCCUCAAUUUGAUCAAAAAUAUUUGGUAAAGGUAUGUCUGCAGACGUUUUGAAGAGCAAUUUGAACGCUAUGGGAAAGAAGUUCAAUAACAUGGAAUUGACGGGCAAAGGUCCUUCAAGUCUUUACCAAGAGAAAUCGAAGGCUAUUCAUCUUCAAGUUCCAAGUAAUAAGCCAGUAGCAAGUACGAGUAACAAGCCAAUACAUCCCUCCAAGCAGGGCACUUUCGCCGUCCCAUCUCAUGGUCCACCCUCCAGGCUCACACAUACUAAAACGAAUGUUGAAGACAAAGAGAACGCUGGAAUAUCGAGAAAAGAGGGGCACCCAAAUACCCAGGGAACAGGAGUACCUCCUCCUUCAAAGAAAGAAAAAAAGGACAAGAAAGAAAAGAAGGAUCCUUCGAGCAUUUGGUCUUUAGCUGAUUUUGACAUUGGAAAACCACUGGGAAAAGGAAAGUUUGGAAAUGUAUACUUGGCCAGGGAAAAAAAGAGUAAAUUCAUUGUAGCACUCAAGGUCUUGUUCAAAUCCCAGUUACAAAAAUCAAAUGUAGAACAUCAGUUGAGAAGAGAAAUUGAAAUUCAGUCUCACUUACGACAUACAAACAUCCUUCGUCUGUAUGGUUAUUUCUAUGAUGAAACUAGAGUCUAUCUAAUCCUUGAAUAUGCGCCAAGAGGAGAAUUAUACAAAGAGCUGACAAAGAAUGAAAAAUUUGAUGAAAAACGUACUGCAAAUUACAUUUCCCAACUGGCUGCAGCUCUUCUUUACUGUCAUGAAAAAAAAGUAAUUCACAGAGAUAUUAAACCAGAGAAUCUUCUGCUCAGCCUAAAGGGAGAAAUCAAAAUAGCUGAUUUUGGAUGGUCUGUUCAUGCACCUUCAUCAAAACGCUCUACUUUGUGUGGAACUCUUGACUAUCUUCCUCCAGAAAUGAUAGAAGGAAAAAUGCAUGAUGAAAAGGUUGAUCUAUGGAGUUUAGGUAUUCUGUGUUAUGAAUUCCUGGUUGGGAAACCUCCAUUUGAAGCAGAAGGACAUAAUGAAACCUAUAUUCGCAUUUCCAAGGGUGACGUUAGAUACCCAAGCCAUGUUUCUCCUGGAGCAAGAGACCUUAUUGGCAGGCUGUUACAAAAAGAUCCCAAGAAACGACUUCCACUAGACAAAGUACUCAUUCAUCCUUGGAUUGUCAACAACACAAUGCAACAGACAUCAACAGUAACUGAAACAUCUACAAAACAAUCAUAAUUGAUGCCAGAGAGAUAUAUUAUAAUGAAUUAUAUAUAUUUGACUGAAUGUAAAUAUGUCCAUUAAUUUUUAGAAAUUCAAAUGAAGUAUUGAACUCAACCCUUGAAAUAUGAAGUGUAGAUCCAUGUCACAGGUUUAGUGAAAUCCCUUUAAGAACAGUCGCAUCAUAACUGGAAUUAAGACUAAAUUAUUAAAGAUAUGUCAAUGUCUUUAAAAAAAGAGGAAAAUAACCUCAGACAUGUAUUACAGGACUACCUAAAACUUUACUAUUGUCAAAAAAAAUACAAAAUUGUGAGAAGUUAGUAAGUCAGGUUAAGUUAUACGAUUAAAUUUUUCAUAAGUUUUUGGAAUUAAUUCACCAGUACACCCAUUAUUUCGUCUUUACUUAUAAAAUAACAUGCUUAUCAUGUUUAGUUGUUGUUUUUCUAUCAUCAAUAAUGUACAUAAAGUUGUUCAACUAGUUUUGGGAAAAAGUUCUUUGUUACUUUUCUAAUACUUUUUUCAUCCUUUCUAAAUAUUGCAACAUUUUGAAGUGAACUUGCAGUAAGAAAAAGUAGUUGUAGGUAAACGUCUUUCUGAUAGUCCCAUUUUCAACAAAUUCUAAUUGAAUUUAGAGUGGUUU